AUGGGCUUCCUGCAGCGCUGCGUGGGCCGGAGCUGCCGCCUGUUGCUGCCGUCGGGGCAGCGGGGCGCGGGCACCCUCGGGGCGUGGGGGGCUCUGCCUUGCGAUCGCCUCCCCGGGGGGCGGCUGUACAGCGCGGGUGAGUUGCGGGGCGAAGCGCCCUCGGGGUGGGAUGCCGCCUCCGCUCCUCUUCUUCCGGCGAGGGGGCUGCAGAACUCGUUCCGCGAAGCGCCUCUCCGCCCCGGGAUGGGCGCGCAACUUUCGCCCUCGCCGCGUGGUGGCUCCGGCGGGCAAAUCCGAGUUCGGCAAAGCCGGGCCAGGCCCUUCCACCCACCCACCCCGACUCUCUUCAGUCCGCAACCCUUCCCGUUCCCAUCGUCCCUGACCAUUGGCCGAUCCGGAGUCCUGCAGGGUCCUAUCUCUCCAUCAGGCGUUACUCCCAGAGAAACACAGCAGGGCAUUCCCUGGUUGCACACAACUUUGAGGAGUUGGGUAUUACUGGAAGAAAUCAUAAGACUUGUACCCCUUGGCCCUUUUUCUUUGCUUACCCACCCAAGCUAGUACUUGCUAGCUUGGCAUGGGGGGCUGUUAUGAAAUCUGGCUUGGCAUUUCCUUGGGCUGUGCAAACUAGAGGGGGGAUGGUCUGUUUCAAGUGCAUCCUAGUCGGUGCAUCCUAGUUGGAAGGGAGCACGAGGAUCAUCCAGUCCAACUCCCUGCAAUUCAGGAAUAUUCCUGAAUUCUCCUGUUGGCACAGCUUGGCAUCUUCUGGGGUGCAUCUACAGGUGCCUUAGGAAGAGCUGUAGCUUAAGGUGAAGUUCCCUCUGACUUGAAACGGUGAAGAGCUGGGAGUUCCAGCCCUACUUUCCCAUGCCCCUGUGUUGGCAAUGACUCCCAGGGUGGUGGUCAGAUGCUGCUGGUGUUCCCUUUUUUAGCAUGCAAACUAGUAAAAAAAGGUAAAGGACCCCUGGACGGUUAAUUACAGUCAAUGGGGUGCAGCACUCAUCUCUCUUUCAGGCUGAGAUGGUUUUACCAUGCAAACUAGUAUCCACACACCAGGUGGGAAGAAAAUCUAGCUUUUGGAUCUCUCAUCCCCAGAGAGCAGCAUAACUGACCUACGUAUUGGAAGAAGAUAGAGCUGCUACUUUUUCUUCUCUCUGGAAAACAGAGCCCUUGAAUUACAUCACACUCUCCUUUUGGAGGGGGAAGGGGGGGAGCUCCCUUUCUUCCCCCAGAUUGCUACAUGUUAAAGGAGCUUGGUUAGAGGUGAAUGGACUCUUCUGGCCUACCGUACAGGACAGUUGUAAGGAUUGCACAGUCAGUGUAUGUGAUUUCCCGAGAAGGAGACACUUCAGCUUGUUAUAGCAAAUGCCCCAGAAGAGAUUCCUGGCAGUGGCGUCCUCAGAGACUAAUUAGCAGAUUCAUUGUGACAUAAAGCUUUUGUGGACUAGUCGACCCCACUGCGUCAACUGCAGCUGCUGGGAUUCCUGGCACAGAUUUCGCUUUAAAUGUAAUAUCCUAUAUUUAAUGUAUAGGAGGUGCUUGGAGCACUUAACUGCAUGAUAUGACUGCUAAGUAUUAUUCGCUUAAAAGUUGCCCAUUUCCCUCCCUGCUGCCGUCUGCUGCUUCUGUGUCUUGAGGCUGCAGUCCCAUCCACCUGCUUUUAGGUAGGUCCCCAGUGACUAAUCAGCCUGCUUGCUUUGCAGGGCUAUCGCUCUCCUCCUGCAGAAAGCAAGGCCCUCUGGGAAAGGGGCUAGGUGGAUAUGCACCACUGGGCAUCAAAGCCUUUUUGCUGUAUUCCCAAAAUUUUGCAGGAGAGGGAGUGGAAAAGAGGGGUGAGCUUUCCAUUGCCCCUCCAAUAAUGCUUCCUUACUCCCUUCACUUUUAGGGAUCUUCAGUUUGAUUUGCCAGCCAUCGUGCCUACAAAAUAACCCAGCAAAUACUUUAAAAAAACAAACAUUGUAAAACAGCAACAUUAGUUUUACAGCUUGCAGUCUACUACCUGAGGGUCAGAGUAACCGCGACACAUUUUGCUGCCGCCAGAGCAAAAUUGGCUGCUUUCUGUGUGUUUAUCACAAUUUCUACCAUAUUCUGUUUUUUACUACUUUGGCUAAAUGGAGGGGAAACUGUUGCAGAACUCAUUCAGAAAUAGAACAGUGUUCUAAUGUAUAUUAUCCUCAGCCGAUGACAAAUUCAGCCAUAGCCCUAAACAGGUGGAAAUUGUAGUGAAAUUUAGUGCCAUCUCAAAAUUAGGGCAUUAUGAUGAAUCACCUCGAGAUCUGGUGCCCUGUCAUCUUAAACUUAGAGCUCCAAAAGGUUUGAAUUGAAGCCCAGGGAAACAAUCUACAGAAAACCGGGGGGGAUAGGGAGGAUGAAAGAGUACCCUGAAAGGAGGCCUGGCUGGCUGGCUCCUGCAACACUGAACAGUCUAACCACCCUUUCUUUGCCCAAUAGGUGUCCCUGGGCUGCAGGAACGCACACUGAUCGCCGUGAAGCCAGAUGGGGUGCAGAGGAGGCUGGUGGGGGAUGUGAUCAGACGCUUUGAAAAACGCGGAUUCAAGCUUGUGGGUCUCAAAUUGCUCCAGGUACGCUCACUGGGUGCUGAAAUGGGGGGCAAUCAAGGCUUGCCAAGCACUCAGGAAACAUUGGGGUAGGUUGGAGCGCUCCUUCCUGUUUCUGUAGGGAUCAGCGAAUAAGAAGAGAAUUAUCCAUGACCCACAGCCUUGCUCCAGGGUGGGGUGGGGAGGGAAGUUUCAGUCCCUCCCAGGGAUCUAAAUGUUAAUGUUGUCAUCAGCCACCUUCAACAAGGUAGAAGACACGGACAGGUAGCCCUUCCUCAAGGUGCUCCUCUGGGGCAAGGGGUUCACGAACCCACAAAAGCCCCCAUCCCUUGGACCCAAAGACAAUCUACCCAUGCCAACACGUGCCUCGGCGUCUCGUAAGCAGUAGGCUCUGCCCAUUUGAACGUCAAAUGCCCCUUUGUUUUGGCAGGCCAAUGAAGGCAUCCUGGCAGAACACUACCACGAACUGCGCCGAAAGCCGUUCUAUCACGAGCUGAUCAAGUACAUGACCUCUGGGCCUGUGGUUGCCAUGGUAAGACAGUCUCUCUUCCCCAUCCCCUCUCACCAAUACCCAGAGGCCCAUCUAGUCCAUCAUCUCUUCUCACGUCAGCCAACCAGAAGCCCCAAUGGGAAGCAGACAAAUGGGACCUUUGGGUGCAACAGCAGUUUCCCCUCUGGUGAUGCACAGUAAAUGGCCUUCGUAGGCAUGCUGCCUCUGAUAGAGGAAGGAGAACAUUUAGCCAUUGUGCAGGGGCAGAUCUAAACUAAUGAAGCUUAAACUCUCGGGCCCUAAUCCCAGAGGGGUCCCAGAAGCGACUUUAGUCCAUGUUGCUUACAACAUUUUAUAUCGCACCAGUGACACUGUACAGCAGUUUCAAUCGAAAUCUGAGAUGUAAUAGUUAAUUGCUUUUCAUGUUGUGAUCCGUCAUGGAAUAGCCCCAUCAAAGAAGAUAACGGGUUACCCAGACCUCGUUGCAGGUUGCACAGGGCCCCCCGUGACAAUUCAAUCUCCAGACCCCAGAAAUGUAGGUCCACCACUAUUAUUGUGGGAUGCAAAUGCAAAUCUGGGUACUGCUUUGAGGAUGCUCUUGUAUCUUGGAUAUGGGAAGAACAGUUUUGCAUAGGUAUUAGGCAUAAGGGUGAAGGGAAGCUCCUGUGUGCUUCAACAGAGGAUUCCGCCCCCCGCUGCAAAUUGCCAGGUUGGGCCCCAUGGUGCAAACCAAGCCCAUAGCCAGCUACAAUGCAUUAAAUCCCCUCUGCCCCACCCUUCUAAGCACCCCUUCCGUAUCAGGCACUCUGUACUUCAUGAAAGGCACUGAUAGAGACAUAUUGCCUUGUUUAGCUGUUAGCAGGAAUGUCAGAACCACUGGCCUUUGCCCUUUUUUCCUAUGGUGUCCUGUUUCAGGUCUGGGAAGGCUACAACGUUGUCAAAACCUCCAGGGCUAUGGUGGGUGAGACAAAUCCUGUGGAAGCCAAGGCAGGCACCGUCCGGGGAGACUUCAGCGUCCACGUCAGCAGGUAGGAGUGGGACCAAAAUAGCAGGAAAUGCAGGCAGUUGUUCUGCACAGAGUCCAUCUAGCUCCGUAUUGUUUGCACGGACUGGCAGUGGCUGUCCAGGUUUUUCGGGCAGGAAGUCCCUCUCAGCUCUUGCUGGAGAUGGGAUCUGGGAUGUUCUACCUGCGAGGCAGGUGCUCUGGCACUGAGCUCUGACCAGGCCAGUCUUGACUUGCUGGUGCUUCUAGGUUCAAACUUUGACACGAGUCUCUGGCCUGGUUACCCAUGGAAAAUGCAAAACGCUGACUCUUUUGGUUAAGUCUCAUUUCCUGGUCUGGUGAAUCAUUUGUUUAAGUACGCUGCAGAAUAGUUCCUCCUGCCAUUAUGUAGUUACCUGAGAGGGUCAGUAUGGAAAAUGAGCUUUCUGGGUCAAACGAAACCAGUGUUCAGCAGUGCCAUGUAUGAAUAAUAGGGGAAGGGUGUUUAUAUGAACCAAUCAAGAUGUUGAAAUGUCAGUAUGAGUUCCGACACUUUGUGUUGUAUGAUCUUUCUUUGCUUUCUCAUUUUUCCAUUCUAUUGUAAAUUCCAUUUCACUUUUCCAUGUGUGUGCUUAAAAAUCCUCUUCCCUUAGUUUGUGAUCUGUAUUUAUUACUGCCUACAUUUACAGUGGAAUAAAAUGGCCGAAUGGCCUAUGCUAGCUGGAACUACAGAUUCGGGGGGUGUGGGUGUGGGAAUCAAGUUUUAAUUUGGCGUUUUUAAAAAUGUCCUUGCUAAUAGAAAUCUUGCAGAGCAAGAGUAGACUGGGCUGAACCUUCGUUCCCUGAUGUGUUCGUUCUUUCCUUGUUUUUGUUUGAGUGAGCGUUCUAAAAGUCCUCCUUCAUGCCUAAAACAGGUAUUAGAUACUAGAUUGCCCCCUGGGAAGUUCCUUUUGCCUCUGGAGGUUCUGCAGGGAAACUCUUGUUCCAUCAUUUUACUGCAUUGUAGUGGCUUCUUGACUCAGCCCCAGGUAAGGAUAGCUCAAGAUAUUGCCUUAGGGCAGCCACACUGUAGGCAGACCCAGCUGUUCCUCCUCGGGAAUUCUGUAGCAAUUCAGGAAAGAGUUCUUGGUCCCCUCAUCCAUCUACAACUUAUUUGGGGGAAGUAGGUUGUAACAGUUAAAAGGGAUAUAAAAUUGGGUGGGUUGUUUUUGUAGCUGUAGGAUAGGAAGGACCUUAACCUACGAUAUGCCCUCAUUGUGAGGUUUCCCCUGUAAACAGGAACGUUGUCCACGCCAGCGACUCCCUGGAGACAGCCCAGAGAGAGAUCAGCCUUUGGUUUCGCAGCAACGAGCUGAUAGACUGGGAUUGUUGCGAUCAGAAAAUCCUGUAUGAACACUGA